AUGAAAGGUUUAUUUCACAAAAGAGUACCAUCCUUUACUUUUACUUCAUUUAAUUGGUCAAAAGAUUCAAAACAUUCACCAUCAUCCGAUCAAAACUUAUCAUUACCUUCUUCUCCUCAACCACAAUCAAACAAUCCAAACUUAUUACCUCCUGAUUCUCUUUCUCAAUCUUCAACUUCAACUCCAAGCGAUCAAGCAGAUAAACAAAUCCAACUCAAACUUAAAUCUCCGAGUCGUGGAAGACGUUCUAGAACAACAAGUUUAGCUGAUCAGGAUCAACAUCCAUCUCAAUCGACUUCACCUCAUUCGAAUGCUCGUAGACGUAGUGUUAAUGAUUUAAGAUCUGAUUCAAACCAAGCAAAUCAAAGUUCCUCUAGACGUGGAAGAAGUAGUAGUACUCAAAACCUAAGACGUCGUAGUCUCUUAUCGAUCUUUACACCUACUACUCAUCAUCGUCAAACCAAUUCGUCUUCUCGAUCACCAAGUCCUGGACCAGCUCUCUUUCGAUUCAAGACUUCGAGUUCUGAAAGAAUCCAUUCGUACGAAUCAGAUGGAGAAAGUAUGGCAGAUGUCGUACCUGAGAAUGCGUUUAAUCAAGCAUCAGAAUCAGAUGAAGAUUCAAGUGGAUCAGACCGAUCAAGUAGAUCAUCAUCAUCAUCAGAUAAUGAAGAAGAAGAAGAUGAAGAUGAAGAAGAUGACGAGAACACAUUACGAACGUCUAUAGAUCUUCAAACCAUUUUGGCCAACACGAAUGCCAAUGCAUCUUCCAUGACUCCAACUGAUUAUUUACAACACUCUGAUCAACCGAUUCCAUUCAUAGACCAAGCCCCUAACCUUACGAUUCCUCCACCUCCUCCGAUCUCAUUCGCUUCAUCAACUGAUCAUCGUCGUCGUCAACAACACAUCUCUAAUACUCGAUCUAAACUCGAAUCACGUAAACCAUCAACAAUCUCAAGAUCCUCGACAAUGAGACGUAAAAAAUCUACUCAUCUUCUACCUUUGCCUCUUAACGUCUCGCGGCCGAGUUAUGAAAAGAAUAGGUGUACUGUUACUAUUGAACAUGGUAAUCAGACUGAAGCUUCAAUCGGAUCUGAACGUACUAGGUUUUAUCUUGUGGCGUGUGAUUUGAGUGAAGAAUCUAAAUACGCGAUCGAAUGGACCAUUGGAACGGUCCUAAGACAAGGUGAUGAGUGUUUGAUCAUCAAUAUCAUCGAAACGGAAACCAAAUUCGAUCCUGAAGGUGCAGGAACAGCUGCAGAUCGAAUGGCCAAGAUCCGUAACCAAAAAGACCGACAAGAAAGAGCCACUCAAAUCGUUCGAGAAGCAACCGCUUUACUCGAACGAACUAAAUUGAAUGUUAAAGUCACUUGUCAAGCAGUUCAUGCAAAGAAUUCAAAACAUAUGUUAAUAGAUUGUAUUGAUUUUAUUAAACCUAAUUUGGUGAUCGUUGGUAGUCGUGGGUUAAGUUCGAUUAAAGGAGUCUUGAUGGGUAGUGUAUCACAUUAUCUUGUACAAAAAUCAUCUGUUCCAGUUAUGGUCGCUCGUAGAAGACUUAGAGCUCCGAUUAAGGUUUAUAAAAAGAAAUCUGAAUUAGAUCGACAACCUAGGAUGAGAUUAGAUCAAGCAGUGAUUGAAAAAGAAACACCUAGCAUUCAUUCUAUGAUUGAUCCCCCGCAUGAGCUUGAGAAAGUUGUGGGUUCGGAUCUGGUCGAUGGUCAACGUGUUUCGGUGGAUUCAGAGGUUUCGGAAAAGUUGGAAGAACAGGGAGGGAAAGCGGUUUGA